AUGAUUCUCAACGUAGACCUCCAACUAGUAUUUCUGCUACUCGUUUACAAUAUUUCAAUCGCAGUUUGUAUGGACAGCUCGUUUAAAGCGAAACCGCUGUUGAUGUACGAUUAUCAAAGCGAGAUGUUAAUUCUGAAUGACUCAGCUGUUGGUGAAAUUGAAGCUCUCCGAGGUCCGUUGAGAAUUAUCAGCGUGAUUGGCGACGCUUAUGUUGGCAAAUCUACGACCUUGAACAUGAUCAGGCAUUAUUUGGAUGGAAGUAAAACGGCUGACGUCCAGAGCGUGUUCAAAACUUGUGAAAAGAGUAUACCGUGUACCAGUGGAGUAUGGAUGUCAGUUCUGCCAGACGUGAAAAAUCGCGGUGGAAACAUUAUUCUGAUCGACACCGAAGGAACUAAUUUCAAGGACAACGAGAUAACCGAUUCCUUUCAUAUUUUCUCUUUUCUUAUUUCCUCUGGACUAGCUCUGUUUGCUAGGGAAAGAAUCAGUAGCUACAACAUAAAGUUUUUGUAUCGAGUGUCGCGGCUGACCGAACAGUUCUGGGAAGAUGACGUGCACGAUGUCAAUUCAUAUCCAGGAUUAUUGGUGAUUCUACGCGAUGCGCUCUCUCCCUCACCAGGGAAUACUCUGCUAAGUGAAAUUCAGAACAUGAUUGUUAACGACAGAAGUAACAUCGGAAAAUCCAUAGGUAGAUUUUUCCCUCGAGACCGCAUUAAGGUCAGAAACAUACCCCACGUGGAGGAUUCAAAACGAUUGCGUGACUCGCAAGAUGAUACUUAUGAAACUAUAGCUUCGUCCCUUGCGGCGGAUUUUAAAAGGUUUCCUUCCAAGAAAAAUGUUCGUGGAGGAGUAAUCGAUGGAAAAAUGAUGGCUGAUCUCAUCCGGAAACUUCACGUUACGAUCAGCAGAAAUCCUUGGAGUGGUGUAUCAAAUACAUACACUGCCCUUGAAACAUAUAUGUGUAAUCGAGGAUUCCGAGAGGUCAUUGAGCCCCUGCUGGCAAAGGAAGUAGAUGAAAUACAACGUUCCAAACAUCACGCAAUGGAACAGUUUAUUCAGAAAUGCUUCUUGGCCGAGGAAAUCGAUCAUACCCGUGGACAAAUAGCAGAGGCUGUUGCUCUGAAAGAAAAAAUCGGGGAAACACAACGGCUUCUAGACGAGGAAGUAUUGAGACCGAAAGAAAUUGGGAUCAGUAGCAAGGCAUCGGAAGAAGUAGUUCACAAGAGAAAGAGACUCGAGGCAGAACGCGCGGAGAGAGUGAAAGCCGAGGAGCAAUUGAAAAUUCUGGAAGAACGAUUAAAUCAAUUAAAAGAAGUUCAAAGGCAACGCGAGACUGCAUCAAAACGUCGAAAGGAUAUUUUGGGAAGUGUCCUAGGUGGCGCGGUUCUGUUCGGUAUCUUAAGCGACUCCAGAUUAAAGGAAAAUAUCACAAUCUUACAGUAUUCAGAAUUCAAGCAGAUUGGUCUCCAGGGUUACAGCUGGAGGUGGUCAAGAAAAGCUGCGGAGCAACUGGGUAAGAGAGGACAAGAUCAUGGCGUUAUUGCUCAAGAAGUGGAAAAACAAUACCCGUGGGCGGUGGCGACGGGUGAAGAUGGAUACAAGAGAGUGAACUAUACUGCUUUGAGGCAGCUCCUAAUGUUAAGGCAAUGUCAACAUCUUAAACAGGAACGUCGGAAGCGUUGUUUUAAAUUAUCACAGACUAAAAUUACAGAGAGGUUUCUGAUUGAACUACAUGUACACAACAGACUUUUCUCUACAAAUGCGACUGAAAUUGAAAGCUACAUAGUUAUAAAAGCUCAGGAGGUUUCAUACCAGCUCCGAUAA